ACUGCCCAUGCAUUAUCGAUAGGUACACCGUACUUUAAUUACCAGUGCUGUCAAACGCAGGCGAGCAUAAGCACGGAGCUAGAUUCGACUUCACUUUGGAGUUUGUCUUCGACUUUGGCGCACGUGCUUUACAGUUGCUUUCUAAUUUCCUUCGGAUUUGCUCUUGCAAAACCAAAAAUAUUAUAACCAUCGACUAACCAACUUCAUUAGCAUUCGUUAUUCGCAAUUAGAAUCGAAAAACCAUGGCUGAUCAAGGAAAUAUCUUCGGCAACGAUGAAUGCGCUGAGCAGCAGCAGCAGCAGCAGGAGCAGCCUCCGGUAGUUAUCACUGAGGGCGUUGUCCAGCAGUCUGGCAACGUCGAUCAAAGCAUUGCCAUCGCCUUGGAGCCCGAGAGCGAGGACAUGGAGACAAGCUUGACCGACUCGAGCUUCCUCACCACUGACUCUGGCGAAGUGGAGAUGAACGACGUAGAGCCCAGCGUGGCCCAGCCAGCCGCUGAGCAGCAGCUGCAGGGGCAGGUGCAGCUGCAGGGCCAGGUUCAGGGGCAGGAGCAGCAGGCCGCUGCUGCAGGUUCUAAUCCUUAUUUGACGGCUCUGAGCAUCUAUGGUGUUGUGCCGCAUCUGAUCAAUAUCAUUGGCGAGCGCAAUGGCUUCACUGCUCCUGCGAAUUUCCUCAACGAGACCUUCUUUGAGACAAUGGCCCAGGCGAUGCCUCGCCUCAUGCUGACUUCUAAUGGUGUGCCGCAGGAACAGUGCACGCCGUUAGCAUUUCCCAUGAUAGACAUGGGAGCCAUCUGCAACGACUACCCCACUAUGCAUCGCCUAAUGCUAAUGACCGAGAUGCACUUCGAGGAGCUCGUCCGCCUCUGGCACGCCCUCCAGGCCACUCUGCAGCUGAUGGCCGCCGCCAUGGCACAGUUUCCAGUGCCCCCGGUCAUGGACCCGGAGGAUCCCGAUUACGAUCAGGACCGCGUCAACAACUGGACUGUCUAUCAGCAGCAGCUGGACGAGUUCGUUCAGGUCGCUGAGAUGUUCGCUCAGCUCAUUCAAUACGAGCUGUGCGGCGUACAUCAUCCUUAAUUUGGCCAUGUGCAAUCUUUUAACACGCCCACAAUUUUUCAGAUUUAUCAUAUCAGAUAUUUCAUCAUUUUUUGUAGAGAUUUUUCAAA